AUGGAUAACCUGGCCAAAGUCACCAAAGCGCCCAAAGCGCAGCCUUCCAGAAAAGGCAAAAGAGCUUGGAGAAAGAAUAUCGAUGUCCAGGAAAUCGACGAAUCUUUAGACGCCAAAAGAGAUAAGGAAAUUUUGCAUGGAAAGGAAGACGCUGGAGAUGAGUUCGUUAUCGAUACACAAGCCACGGUUUCCAAGAAAAAGCCUGAAGCCAAGAAGCUUAAGAUGACUGAGAUCUUAAGCAAUAAGUCGAAGGUGGAACCUAUCAGAUCUCGUACUGUCAAGAAGAAGUACAGUGGCAGUAAGGUCAAGGAGUUGAUGGCAUUGGCAGGACGCCUGCUUACUGAAGAUAAGAGCAAGAAACGUUUGGAAAAGGAUGGUCUUAUUAAAGGUGGCGAUGUUGACGUCUGGGGCGAGGAGGAAGAAACCGGCUUGCCUGAAGAGUUGAAGAAAUCUGCAUAUUUAUCUGUCACGAAACCUACCAAGGUGCCUAAGACACUACAAGAAGCUCCUAUUCCUCUUACGCUUCAUAAGUCAAAGGGCAGUGUUGAGCACGACGUGGACGCAGGUAAGUCUUAUAACCCUUCUUUGGAGCUGUGGCAGGCAUUGAUUGACCGUGAGUUUGACGCUGAGAGCAGUGUGGAGAUCAAGCGCCAGGCUAUGGCCGAACACGAGAAGAGAAUCGAGUUUCUUAUUGAGAACUUGAAGGAGGACGAGUUUGAAUCUGAGGAUGAAGAGGAGGUCAAGGCUGUUGAAGAAGAGCAGGAUGUUCCAGAGGAAGAAAAGUAUAAGCUUUCUCUUAAUGCUCCUGCCAAGUGGAACAAGAAGACCAGAACCCAAAGAAAUAAGAUGGCUAACAACGCAAAGAAAAGAGAGCUCGAGGAGAAACUUAGAGAUCUUAGAGUGAGAAUGAAGGAACUUCAUCGUUUGGAAGAUAUCGAACAAGAGGUUGAAGAUAAGCAGGAUGCUCUGCUGAAGAAGGGCCCUAAAAAGAAGAAGUACUCACGUCACGGAAGAAACGAGGUUAUUUUCAAGCCUAUCGAUGUCAAGCUUUCAGAUGAGUUGACUGGUAACUUGAAGAACGUCAAGCCAGAGGGUAACCUCUUCUACGACCACAUGCACAAGCUCCAGGCCACCGGUAAGAUCGAAGCCUUGGGACUCAGAAAAAGAAGAAGAUACGCUCCAAAGAUUGUCGAGAAGCACGCCUACAGACACUACAAGUAA